GUAGGAGGAUACAUUUACCAUUAAGCAAAGCCAAUGUACAGAAAGGGGAGAAAUACUAUUUAUGUCUCUAAAAUCUUGAUGGCAAGUCACAUAUAGUGUGCUUGUCAGGACUAAUUUCUUAUGAGAAGACUAGUUGUUUCAGAAGAAUUCCACUCAACUGGUCUACCAUGCCUAAUGAAAUUAUAUCCACUGCAAAAUCCUAGGCACACCUACUCAAAAAUAAAUCUUAUAUUAUUCAGUGGAUCAUAUUAACAGUGAAAACAGUGAUGAACAUAUUGGAGAAUGCAGAACCACACUUCUCACACUAAAUUCAUUAUUAUGGGUUUUCCUGAACUUCCAGCGCAUCAGCUAACAUUGUUUGCAAUAUUUGCCACCAUCUACCUUCUGACUUUAGUGGAAAAUGUCCUCCUGAUUUUGACCAUAAGUUUGAGCCGGCAGCUUCGCACUCCCAUGUACUUUUUCUUAGGAAAUCUUUCUGUUUUGGAAAUCUUCUAUGUCUCAGUAACAAUGCCCAAGUUAUUCUCCAUCCUGUUGUCAAGAGAGAACACAAUUGCUUUCCAAGACUGCCUCGUUCAGAUGUACUUUUUUCUCUCUUUGGCAUCUUCUGAAUGUUUUCUCUUGGCAGCAAUGGCCUAUGAUAGAUAUUUGGCAAUUUGCUAUCCACUUCAUUAUACUUCCCUUAUGAACCACAGAACCUGUGUUUUCCUGACUAUGGUUUCCUGGCUUAGUGGUUUCCUAGCUUCCAUUCCAUCUGCGGUAAUGAUCUCCAGGUUGCAGUUCUGCCAUGAAAAUACCAUUGGACACUUUUUCUGUGACAUCUCACCUUUACUGAAGUUGUCUUGCACAGACACUUCAACCAUCGAGAUUCUGGAUUUUGUGGCAGCACUAGCUGUCCUUAUAACAUCAGUUGUGGUGACUGGGACAUCUUACAUAUGUAUUUUCUAUACAGUUGCAAAACUUCCUUCCAGAAAAGAUAAAAGCAAAGCUUUUUCCACAUGUGUCUCUCACCUAACAGUUGUUUCUAUGUUCUAUGCCACUACCAUAUUCAUGUAUGCCCGACCCCGGGCCAUUGGAACAUUUGACUUGAACAAACCAGUGUCCAUCCUCUACUCAGUGGUAGUUCCAUUUCUCAACCCAAUUAUUUACAGUCUCAGGAACAGAGAAGUAAGAAAGAAUUUGAGCAUUGCUAUAUGUCAGGUAGUCACCUUCUCGGGAUGUUUUCUAAUGAAAAGAUUAAAGCCAUUGUUAAGCUGAUAUGUGUCAUAACUGAAGAUCUAUUGCAACAAGUAUUCCUUUCACUGUCACAAAAAUUGAUUUAUCAACUUGUAUAGUUGCAAAUAUUUACAAUCUGAACAGUUUGUUUUGCUACAACAGAUGCAUGUCAUUUUUCAACUGAAAAGGUGAUUUGAAUAUUUUCUUUUUUAUGGUAUAUUACAAAAAGUUUGGAAAACAGGAAGAAAACCUGAAGACUAGAUAAUAGCCUUCCUCCUGCCCCUCCCCCUAGGUCAUUCCCACACACCAACAGAUUUUUAAAGCAUUUCAUACACCUUGCUUUUCUGUAGGCUCAGAUAUAAGAAAUAAUAAAUCUGUUAUAAAGUGCUCUUAUAUUAUUGGACUAUUCAUUACUAACUGGGCUGAAGAUUUUACUGAAUUCCAACACUCAGAAUACAUAUCUCAUUAGGCCAGUUAGAGACACAACUUCUCACUUUAUGCUAGAUGGUUAAAGAAAGUUAGAGAAAUAGUUUAUUUAUACAUAUUCCUUUGUUUGACUUGACUAUUGUCACAGAACAUAUUUUGUAUUGAUAACUUAUAUUUGAUAUUUCUAACACUGUCUAUCUCACAUUGUUCUGAUAAUGUUUUAAAUAAUAUUCUAAAAAAUCAGAAGACUACAAGAGGAACACAAUUUAUUUUCCAUGCCAUAGUCUAAUUGCUAAUCUUAAUGCAAAGCCACACUGUUGCAAGGAAGAGUUGAUACCAUUUAACUGAAUUAUGCAAACCUCUUUCAAAAAAUUAUUAGAGCAAUAGGAUAUUAUUAUUCAUUGAGCUAUAUAAAAUAGCUGCAUAAAUUUAAAUUUUGAAUAGAGAACUGACUUGCAACAAGUUUUCAAAGCUAAUCCAUACCACUUAAAAAAAAAAACUUUGUCAUGAAAAAAUUAGCAUACCAUUUAGAAAAAUAAGGCUUUGUUCAGAAGCCCCAACAAAUUACAGAACUUUUUUUACCAGGAUUUCCUGAGAGAGCUAGUUUUAUGUAGCAGUUAAGAUGUUAGGCUAGAAACGGAGAGCUGGUGAGUUCUGGUCCUCCUUAGUUACAAAGCCAGCUGGGUGACUAUGGGCUAGUCACUUUCUCUCAGCCCUAGGAAAAAGACAAUGUAACUUCAGGAACUUGCCAGGCAGACACCAGGAAUCAACACUGAAGGCACAAAAUAAAUACAUAAAUAAAUACGUAAAUCUGAAGUUCUGUUGCUUCUAAAAUAUUGUGAUUUAAUGCUUCUGUAGUUGAAAUUUUACAUAUAAAUUUGUGAAAUAAAAUCAAAUUCAUGUGGA